UCCCCCAUUAGACUAAGCCUAAUAGCACCCACACGCCAAAAACCAUCGUACAGGAGGCAACAUAAUUUAGGGUUUUAGGUGUAAUCAACAAAUACACAGAAACAAAAGUUCCUUUCAUUUCCCGCCAAUUAUAGGGAUCGAAAAUCUUAAUGGGAGUUCCAAAAUUAAUAACCUUAAUCAGUAGAAUUAGACCUAUUUCAUCGUAUACAUAUUCGUCUUCACUCAUUCCAACCCGUUCAAUUCAUUCUCAAAUCCCUAAUUCACUACUAACUCCCACAAAUUUGAUCUCCAACUUCAAUUUUCAAUCUCAAUAUAAACUGAAUCUUGGGUUUCCGUCUUUUCAGUCAUUAUCAAUUCAUACUUCUUCUGAUGAUGAUAAUGAGGGAUUCAAUUUCAGUGACCUGGAGUUUAAUAAAGAAUCAGAUCUACUGAAUUCGGGGUUUGAUCACAGUCCCGAUGAAGUUGUAAAGGAAGUGAUUAGUGCUGUUGAUAAUGUAUCAUGGUAUGAUCCCGCUGUUCAAACAGUCGUUUCUCUGCAAGAUGGGUUCCAUGGUUUGACUAAUCUCCCUUGGUGGAUUGUAAUUGCUUCGUCUACUUUGGCACUUCGAUUGACAAUACUACCUGUACUAGUUUUGCAAUUUAGUAAAGCAAAGCAGAUUUCCGAGUUAUUCCCAAAAUUGCCUCCUCCGUUGCCACCACCUUUCUCAGGAAAGAGUAUUAAAGAACAAUUUUUGCUCUUUCGGAAGGAAAGGAAAGCUAUUGGCUGUCCCUCGUAUCUAUGGAAUUUUGCAUAUAUUUCUGUUCAGAUCCCAUGCUUUCUCUUGUGGAUGCAUACAAUCCGUAGAAUGUCACUGGAGCAACACCCCGGGUUUGAUUGUGGUGGAGCAUUAUGGUUCCAGAAUUUGACUCAAAUUCCUCAUGGUUCCUUUGCCGUUACAUUCCCGAUACUGAUUGCUGGGCUUCAUUAUGUCAAUAUUCAGCUUUCUUUCCGGGGAUCGAGUGUUGGCAAGGUGACUGGCGUAAUGGGUAAAUUGUUUGAGUUUUACAAGCUAUACCUGGAUGUUCUCACAAUACCUAUUUUCGUCAUAGGGUUUUUUCUUCCUCAGGGGAGUCUAGUGUACUGGGUCACUAACAGUUCUAUAACUGUCAUCCAGAAUUUAUCUCUUCAGCAUCCUACUCUUCGGGAGAAGUUAGGGCUCCCUGACAAAAAUGCUUCGGUAAAGCGUGUAACCUCUUCAAGUACAGAUAAUCUUGAAAUUAGUUAUUUGGGUAAACCUGAGCAAAGAGUUAAUGUGCAGAACCUCUCGCCAGAUGAACUUCUUUCUCUCCCAGUCCAACUCUUGUCAAAAGGACAUCAUGAUAGAGCACUUCCAUUACUACGGUUGGCAAUUGAGAAAGACCCUGAUCACAUAAGAUCUAUGGUUGUUCUGGGACAAAGUCUUAUGCAAAAACAAUGGCUACCUGAGUCUAUAGGUGUUCUUGAACAUGCUGUUCGCAAGUUAUUGGUUGGUGGUCAACCAGCAAAAGAGGAAGAGGUUGAUCUCUUGAUUCUAGCAUCUACGUGGGCUGGUGUUACAAAUAUUAAGCAGGGAAAAAAUAAAGGACUGGAGCACUUGGAAAGAAUAUCUCAGAUAGAGGAGCCUGUGGAUCCAAAGGGAAAGGCUCACUACUUUGAUGGAUUGGAAUUGCUUUCUAGUGCUUUGUUUAAUGAAGGUCGAAAAGUUGAAGCUGAGGAGUAUCUCCGCAAGGUAGUUGCAUAUGAUCCUUCCAAGAAUGAUUUAUUACAACAGUUGCUAGAGGAUGAAGAUGAUGCCAAAACUUAUUAAAGAAAGCAGCGAUAAAUCAAUACCGUCCCUUUGUGGUGAGAUCUUGUUGCGGACUUGGGGGGAAUUGUAGCAAGAGAGUACUGUCCCUUGCAUCCGAUUGACUGAUCCUCGACGCUUAUAGAAGCAUUAGAAUUAUAACUCAAGUUAUUCACUGUACUUGUAAAACUCAUUUUUUUCGAUCAAGAAAAUAAUAAAAUCAUUUUUGGUGUAGCUCUCAAAUAAUAAUUUGAUGUUACGAAACAACUCGAAUAAUUAAUGAAUUGUAUUCUUACUAGGAGCCUAGUUGUGAUUCU